CGGCGCUAUACGAUCUUUGGUUGAAUCAUUAAAAUGUCUUCAUCAUCGAACUGACAUUCUGGAGGAAGUGGGUAGCCUAUGAACCGGGAUUAGGGCCAGUAUUUUAAGUUUUUUUUGUUACAUGAAGUAUACGUAAAAUGAGGCGUAGUGGAGGACUUGGUGCUAUUAAUAAAAAGAAACUUGCACAGGCAAAAUACAAGAGUAAAGGAAAUGAAAUUGCAGAGGAUCAAUUGACUCAAAUGUCGAAGCAGUUGGAAGUGUUCAGGAACAAUCUGGAGGAAUUUGCUGCCAACCACAAGAAUGAAAUUCGGAAGAAUCCUGCAUUUCGGACACAGUUCCAGGAGAUGUGUGCCAGUAUUGGCGUAGAUCCAUUAGCUUCUGGUAAAGGUUUUUGGUCUGAAAUGCUGGGAGUAGGAGAUUUCUAUUAUGAAAUUGGAGUUCAAAUUAUUGAAGUGUGCAUGUCGACACAGCACCGCAAUGGAGGGCUGAUGACCUUAGAUGAAUUACUACGAAAAGUGAAGGCGACAAGAGGGAAAACAAAACAAGCACAAGAUGUUAGUUUAGACGAUUUAAUGCGUGCAAUUAAAAAGUUGAAGAUACUUGGAAAUGGUUUUGCACUUCAUCGGCUACAUGAUGGGCGUUUCCUAGUACAGUCUGUUCCAGCUGAACUCAACAUGGAUCACACAUCAGUCCUAGAUAAUGCACAGCGCUGUGGUUAUACAUCAGUGAGGAUGCUUAACUCUGAAUUGAAGUGGGAAGUAGAAAGAGCUUGUCUUGUGUUGGAUCACAUGGUAAAAGAAGGGCUGGCUUGGGUUGAUGAUCAGAAUAAUGAUGGAAGGUUGUUUUGGUUUCCAGGACUAUUCCCUGAUAAUUCCUAAGAGCAGGGCAGUCACCAUGUAUGGUAAAAAGUGGACAGUAACAAUAAUGGAUUUAUUUGCAGUGCACUUUACAAACUGUGUAUUGAUGGAGAAAUGAUUUAUGCUACCAUAUUGCAAUUGUCUGAUGAGUUAGAGGUAGAAUAAUCCAUAAUUCGCAGUGUCAUUGUGCUAAAAUAUGUUUGGGCAUAGUCCAUGACUACUGUAACAGCUGUUGGAGAGGCUUUGGCUAGUUUCAUGCCAUAAUGGCAGGGGCUGAAAUGAACCAUAGCAUUCAGGUAAUCUUCCUACUCUUCUGAAACAGUACACACAAACCAGAUGUGCACAUUGGACCUCUGGUUUUAUGUCCUUGAGAAGACUUGGUUCUACCAACUGAGAUGAAAGCUGAUACAAGAAAGCAGCAACAGCAAAACACAGCAUUAAAAACUUAUCGUGUUGAGCAAAUGUACAUCAAAAAAUGGAUAUUUGAAUUACUGAACUUGCUUUGUGUAUUAAUGUAUGUUAAUAACAUACAUAUUUUAUGCAGAUGCAUAAAAUAAACCAUUCUUAUAUUCUUUGCAUAAAGUCUCUAAAGAUUGACAGGGAAUCAAUUUAAAGGAUUUAAAAAAAUGAACACUUAAAUGACUAAAUUGAAUUUGUUCAAGUUAUUAUCAUACUUAUUUGAAAACGCCCCGGGGCGUUUAUUUUUGAGAAGGGUUUUGAGGAGGCGUUUAUUUGAGGGAGGCGUUUUCCUGAGAAAAAUGGAUAUGUAUAUACUCAAACAAAUGCCCCUUUAUUUUACUGUCAAUGUGAAACUACUAUGCGAAGCAUAAUUACCAUCAAAAUGUAUUAAUGCAUGUUCAUAAAGACUUUUUGAUCCCAACCAGGUUAGAAAAAAUGUAAUUUUACUGGAGUAGAAUAUUAAUAGUUUAUUCAAGAAAAUAAUGCACGCCUGGGAGGUUUAUUCCAAUGAGGUUCUGGAGUGGGGAAUUUAUUGGUGUUUGAUGUAAAGAUUAUCAGAAGGAACUACUAAAACUAAUUUGCCUACAAGUAAUGACAAUUCCAAGUUCUUCAUAAAACUAAUCUUUUAAUUAAACAAUUUUACAGAUAUUUUUAAUGCUGUGGCUAGAGAUAUGGUACCAUAUCUUAAUUUCGGUUUGUUAAAGGUACGGUAAAUUGCAUUAUCUAAUAAAAUGGCGCCACCAGAUUAACAAUAUCGUUCAAA